GAUAGAAAGAGAAAGUGAAAGAGUAUGCUCGCACAUUGCAGCUGCCUCCAGCGCAUUUCCCUCCCCUCCCCUCUCCCUAACCCCAUUCCCCUCUUCAUAUCCUAUUCUUAAUCCCCCACUUCUCUCUACCUUCAGCGCCACCACCACAACCGAUCCAUUUUUUCUCCACGGCCAACGCUCAGAAUGUCUCUUCACCAUUUAUUAUUUCCCUUUCUAGUACUCGCAUUCUCUUCUACUUCUUCAGUAGCUGCUGCUCCAAAGGAGCAAACUUUAAACACCCAAGAAGCUGAAUUCUUUAACCCUAAGCUUCCACCACGUACUCUUUCUUCAUCCAAAAAGUUUGAAGGCUCAUCGAACCUGGUCGACCUUCGUUACCACAUGGGUCCGGUGCUUUCCUCUUCACCGAUCAACAUCUACCUCAUCUGGUACGGUCGUUGGUCCGUUUCCCAAAAACUCCUCAUCAAAGACUUCCUAACCUCCAUCUCCCCUUCCUCCACACCAUCUGCUUCACCUUCCCCUUCUGUUUCUGAAUGGUGGAAAACCGUUUCUCUUUACACCGACCAAACCGGAGCCAACGUUUCCCGAACGGUUGUCAUAGCGAAAGAACACUCCGAUUCGCGCUACUCCCAUGGUUCUCACCUCACGCGCCUUUCUAUCCAACAAGUUAUUGCCAACGCCGUCAAAACCGCUCCUUUCCCCGUCGACCACCAGAAUGGAAUCUACUUGAUCCUCACCUCCCAUGACGUUACCGUUCAAGACUUUUGCCGUGCCGUUUGCGGCUUCCAUUACUUCACAUUCCCAUCCAUGGUGGGUUACACUUUACCCUAUGCUUGGAUCGGGAACUCAGGGAAACAAUGUCCCGAGGUCUGCGCUUACCCCUUCGCCGUUCCAGGCUACAUGGGCGGCGGUGGUCCAGGUGCAUUGGCUCCACCGAACGGAGACGUCGGCUUGGAUGGGAUGAUUAGUGUGAUUGCCCACGAGUUGGCUGAGCUUGCGACGAACCCGCUGGUGAACGCAUGGUAUGCCGGCGAGGACCCGACUGCGCCAACCGAGAUAGGUGAUAUGUGUGAAGGGUUGUACGGAACAGGUGGAGGAGGAGGAUACAUCGGUCAAGUUAUGAGGGAUAAGAAAGAAAGAACUUAUAACAUGAAUGGGAGCAAAGGAAGGAAAUUUUUGGUGCAAUGGGUUUGGAGUCCUGUGUUGAAAGCUUGUGCCGGUCCAAAUGCUUUGGACUAAAUUUUAAUUUAGUUUAUUUUGUUAUUUUGUUAUUUUUUUAAAAUCAGGUUCUUUUCCAUGGAAUCUUGAUUUUGUCAUUUUAAUUUUGUUUAGGGGGAGAUAGCUAUGUAUACUGAGUACAGCGAUGGAGAGUAUGAUUUAGUUUGUAGAAGUAUGAAAAGUUGGAUGGUUAAGGUGAAGAAGCCUGAAGGCAGGGGUGUUUAGAUUUUAUUUUUGUAAUAUUUAUUCAUAUUUUUAUAGCAUUAUUUUUAUUAGAUAUUAUUAGAAAUUUUCAUUUGAUAAGUUCUGCAGUUUGUUGUUCUUCUUUUAGCAGCUUUAGUUUCAAAAUGUGUGUGUGUGUGUGUUUUUUUUUUUUUGAAGUUUGAAGUGUUCCUCUUGUUCCUGAAUUCCCUCAAGAAAUUCAAAAGCUAUAAAAUUGUUCAGUCUUGCACCAAGCCGCUGCAAUUUCUCGUUGCACCAACAAUAGUGCUUCUGAGUUCUGAUAAGAGCAAAACCAGUGUUAUUAGCUGAUUAAAGCAAUGGUCUAAGAUGAAUCUUCCAUUGGUGAUUGGCAGGUGAAUAAUGCAGAACAGUGCAUAGAUUGAGCUUU